CUUAAUAUUGGUACUUACAUUUAUAUUUUUUGUAAAUUAGAUAAGAAAACAAAAGCAGCGUGGGCACUCAAAAUGCCCAAAGCCGAGAGAAAAGCAUAAUGAUUUGGUAACCUUUGUAUGGCAAUCACUAAGGAACGCUGGCUUGUUUAUGAACCCAAUUACGGGUGGGAUACACUGGCUAGCCAAUGUUGCAGGAGCUAUUUUCUUUGCCGCUACUAGUAUGCAAGUCGUUGAAUUAAUUCUUGCCAAAGACGAUCCUAAACGCCUUUUCGAAUGCUUCAGCGUUCUCUCGUUUUGUGGCAUGGGCAUUAUCAAAUUAAUCUCAUUACGACGUAACGAAAAGUCAUGGCGUUAUCUCCUUAACGAGUCAGCACAACUCGAAAUAGAAGAAUUGAAAGAAGAAAGAAAUCCAUCACCUCUCGAAUAUGACUCGGAUAAUGAAAAUAAUAUCAUUGUAUCUAAAUAUGCUAAACGUUACAGCAAAUCGUUUAAAUUCACAUUUACGCUGCUACCGAGAAUAUACAGUUUUACGGCGAUAAUAUUUAUUGUGUCACCUUUUAUUCAAUACGCGCUGUGGCAAUUGAAAGGUCAGAAAACUGUCGACUACCCACAUAUACUGCCAGUAUGGGUCCCGUUUGCUGAAAGGAGUAUAUUUUGGUACAUAUUAAGCGUUACACUGGAGACUAUUGCGGCAAUUUAUUGUGUGUGUGUGCACAUCGCCUUCGACCUUACAAUAGUCGGUCUGAUGAUAUUUAUACAUGGACAGUUUUCUCUGCUACACGCCAAAAGCGAACAAAUAGCCAGCAGCGGCAAAGAAUGUACUCUGAGCAGUGCAAGAGACGUUCGCGCACAUAUGAGAAUAAAAAAUUGUCACCGUUUCCACAUUGCACUUAUACAGAUAGUAAAACAGCUUAAUCUGUUGACAAAGAACAUUUUGGGAUUUUACUUCUGGUUGGCGACGGUCACAUUGUGCUCCGUCGCGGUGCAACUUAAAUCUGAUUUGAGCACCACUCAACUGAUAUCUUUACUUCAAUACAUGGGCGCUACACUCACACAACUAUUUCUUUAUUGUAAUUACGGCGACUCCGUUUUAAAUAUGAGCUCAGCUGGUAUAGGCAGGGGUCCUCAGGGGUCGGCAUGGUGGUGCCUAAGCCCGCGUGUCCGCAAGGAGCUGCUUCUCCUCAUGAUGGGCAUGUCGCGGCGCUAUCAGCUGUACGCCGGACCAUUCUUUUCACUAAAUUUGCCGUCUUUUAUACAGAUCGUCCGCACAGCAUAUAGCUAUUACGCAGUGCUUCGGCAAAAGUCUACAUAAAGCAGACCUUGUUAUAAGACUUUUAAUGUUUAACACACACCUUAGCUG